AGAGCAAUUAGAUCUGAUAUGACCACAGAAGAGGUCCAAUAUCUUAAUGAACUAACCUUAGACAAGUUAUUGCGAUUGAAGAGUUCAUUGAAAGACUUUGCUCCAGAAUACGAUAAUGUAACAGACACCACCCCAUCUCUACACUCAAGUUUUGGAGCUCAAGCCAUGGCGAUGAAAGCCCCGAACGUUAAAAGGACGGAUUACGAAGACGCUUUGUUCAAGAAGAGUGGUUACGGAAAAAUUAGCAACAUUUUCUCCGUGUCGGUAACAACUUUAGCGUUUUUGGCUUUUGGAGGGUAUCUAUUGUGUUUGAUAGUUCAAGCGGUUAAGUCGAAACAGAGUACAGUCAUGACAACCCCGACCCCUACGUUCUUUGUCAAUUCUGGUAUCAAGAGACCUCAAGCGACGUUCAGUUCAUAUGGAAGGCGGAAACGGGGAAGGAGAGAAGUGGAUAACAUAGACAUCCCUCCGGAGGAGUUGUUUUCUGUUUUGGUGCAGCUUUGUGAAGGUUACGCAAAAUGGACCAAGAAAUACGAAAUUUAA